AGAAUUCAUAGCUGUCGUUGAUGACGCAGUCAAAGGUGGACCAGCGCGUUCCCUCUCAACUGCUUGACUUUAUAGUAUUAUUACCUACCGGUAUAUUGUUUACUUGAAACAUUUAUCCACUAGUUGAACGCAAAGGUAGUGAUGGCAGCUCCGCUGAAAGUAUGUAUUGUUGGUUCAGGAAACUGGGGCUCUGCAAUUGCAAGGAUUAUUGGCUCAAAUGCACAGAAACUCCAGUGCUUUGCCACAACAGUCAAGAUGUGGGUGUAUGAAGAAAUGGUCAAUGGCAAAAAGCUUUCUGAGAUCAUCAACACAGAGCACGAGAAUGUCAAGUAUCUUCCAGGCUACAAACUCCCAGAGAAUGUGGUUGCUGUGCCGCAGCUUCGGGAUGCCGCAGAUGGUGCCGACCUCCUGGUUUUUGUGGUCCCUCACCAGUUCAUCCGGAAACUGUGUGAUGAGAUGGUCGGCUGUGUUUCGGAGAAGGCUCGUGGAAUUACACUAAUCAAAGGAAUAGAUGAAGGACCAGAAGGAUUGAAACUCAUCUCUGACAUCAUCCGGGAAAAAAUGGGCAUUGAUGUCAGUGUCCUAAUGGGGGCCAACAUUGCCAAUGAAGUGGCGGCAGAGAAGUUUUGUGAGAGCACCAUUGGUAGCAAGGUGUUGGAGAAUGGCUUCUUGUUCAAAGAGCUCCUGCAGACGCCUAACUUCAGAAUCACCGUGGUGGAUGAUGCUGACACAGUAGAGCUCUGUGGAGCCCUUAAGAACAUUGUUGCAGUGGGCGCAGGAUUCUGUGAUGGUCUGCAGUGUGGAGACAACACCAAAGCAGCCGUCAUCCGGCUGGGCUUGAUGGAGAUGAUUGCUUUCGCCAAACUCUUCAGCAAAGACGAUUCUGUGUCCUCCGCCACAUUCCUCGAGAGCUGCGGCGUGGCUGACCUCAUCACCACCUGCUACGGAGGACGAAACCGUCGCGUGGCAGAUGCUUUUGCCAGGACAGGGAAGAGCAUCGAGGAACUGGAGAAGGAGAUGUUAAAUGGACAAAAGCUUCAGGGACCAUUGACUUCUGCUGAGGUCUAUCAUAUCCUCAAACAGAAGGGCCUAGUGGAUAAGUUCCCCCUGUUCACGGCUGUUUAUCAGAUCUGUUUCGAGGGCAAACCAGUUCAGGAGAUGAUCACUUGCCUGCAGAGCCAUCCAGAGCACCUGUGAGUGUCUCACAGGGACACGGUGCCCCCCUUCUCUACCACCAUCCCCUAUGGUCUGUUAGGUUGUCCUACCUCUAACACUUUUACAUACAAACACAAUGUUAUAUUUUUAACUUUUUGUCCCAGGUCCAGUUCUACACUAAUGGUUAGACUUGAACUCAGGGGUUUGCUUCUGACCUAGUUAGGGCCCGAGCACCGGUGUGCGAGGACCCUAAUAGAAUUGCUCCGUUUAUAGGUUUUGUUGUUAGCAUACAUGACAAAAUGUGCUCAGAGAUUUUUUUUUUUUUUUGGAAAGGCCAUUGGUUAUCAUCUAUGGAAGAUGUUUUCACCACGGAAUAAAACAAUUUAAAAGAUGAUUGCUACUUUUUAUCUCACAAUUCUGACAUUUUCUUACAACCGCGCGUUUACAUGUCACAAUUCUGACUUUUUUCCUCGCAGUUCUACUUCUUUUCUCAGAAUUGUGAAAUAUAAACUCGCAAUUGCGAGUUAUAAAGUCCAAUUCUGAGUGAAAAAAGACUGACUUUUUCUCAAUUGCGAGUUUAUAUCUCACAAUUCUGACUUUAUAACUCACAAUUCUGAGAAAAAAAAAAAAAAAUUAUAACACGCAAUUGUGACUUUAUAUCAUGCAAUUCUGAUGGAAAAAAAGUCAGAAUUGUGAGAUGUAAACUCGCAAUUAAUUUUUUUUUUUUUUUUUAUUCAGUGGCAGAAACAAUCUUCCAUCGCCACUCUGUUUGAGCCAUUAUGGAGUUUUUAACUUUUCUCUCUGUCUGACUGCCCUCUUGUGGAUGGUCCACAAUAUCACCUCACUGACAGAUGAGAUGAAAUGCCUUUUUUUUUUUUUUUUUUUCUUUUUUUUCUUAAAUGACCAUAGAGAUCUAAUCAUAGAGGCUCACUCCAUGUCCACAUUGAAAGCAACAUGACACGACUAGAACGUCUCCGAUAUAAUCAGUGAAGUACUUGCGUUUUAAGAUCCUGUCAAACCAGCACAGUACCACUAUCCUUAAUAAAAAAAUAAAACUUGGGAGUUUUUGAUACUUUUACACAUUGUUCGACAAAAGGGCACAAGCUAGGUUUUAAUACUAAGUAUACACAUUCUUUAUUUCAGUUCUGAUUGCUAAGUUUCAUGUUUAUAAAUGUUGAAGCUGCCAUUUAAUCUAACGUUUUGGGACACAUUAGAUUUAGAUUUCUUUAAAUGUGAAGAUGCCUUUCAACUUCUUACUGGUCCGGAACAUUUCUCAGACAGGUCAAAUAACACUUGAAUGGACUCAGUUUGGGUUUGUGGUUGUUUUGUUUUGUUUUGUUUUAAACUAUAAUGUAUUCUAUAAAAGGGGCUCAAAUCUGUCAUCUCAACCCCCUUUUAAGACUAAGUGCUUUCAAGACAGUGGGAACACGAAAACUUGUUACAGAAUUACAUUGUUGACUAACUUUUAUUGUGUUAGUGUUAAAAUAAUGCAAUGUUACAUAUCUAAGCUUUGAGUAUACAUUAAAAUCUUGUUAGAAACUCCUAGUCAUUGAUGCCCUAAGUAGUAAUCAUUUUAGCAUCCUGAAAAACUGAACAACAGUUCAGAUGUUACUGUUUUGGUAUUCACAUCUGUAUAAAUGAAGAAUAGCAUUAAAAUACUUAAUUUGUAGUUGUACUAUGAAAAGAAUGAAGGAAUGAUUUAGUAAGAUCUGUAGUUUUCAAACUAGGGAGUGUGUUACGAGAGCAGCUAGUGUUUGAAUCCAUAAUGGCCUUUUUUAGCACUGUACUGUGCUUAUAGAUCUGUUAGCUCAUAACUAACACAAAAUGUUUAGCUUUUAGCAUGUAUCUGUUACAGUGUUUCAUAUUAUUCCUGUGUUGUUUUUAUUUUUCAGUGUUCAUGUAAGAGUUUGAAUCAUACAAGUAUUAAACUGUGCAAAUGUUGCAGUGUGCUCAGUGUAACACUCCAGUGGAUUAACUAUAUAAAACCACUCCAUGUUGUUUUAUGAACCCGUCCUGUAUUGUCUUUGCACAUUGUUCUAACAAUGUCAUCAAGGCUGAACAAAUGCUGCUUUUGAAAUUAACCAAUAAAAUGUUUGUUCCAUUAAUGCAUUGAUCUUGGUUCAAUCUUAACUUCAACAUUUUAAGAUCCUAAUGUAGCAUAAGUUGUAUUUCACAAUUUAGACUGUAGCUCACAAGUUAUGUGGAUGAACUGAAAACUCCAUUAAAAUAUUACUCAAAAUAUAUUUUUAUUAUAUUAAUUAAAACUAUCUAUUAAAAUCAUUUUUUUUUUUUACCCUCAAUAACUAUUGUUUUUAUUGAAGAACAUGCAAUUCUUAAAACUUAUGGUAGGCCUAUAACAAAAUACAAGUAAAUUGUGGUUAAUUUACCUGUAUCACUCCCAGUUUCUGUGAACUAUAUACACCGAUCAGGGAACGUUCCUAAUAUUGUGUUGGUCCCCCUUUUGCUGCCAAAACAGCCCUGACCCAUCGAGGCAUGGACUCCACUAGACCCCUGAAGGUGUGCUGUGAUAUCUGGCACCAAGAUGUUAGCAGCAGAUCCUUUAAGUCCUGUAAGUUGCGAGGUGGGGCCUCCAUGGAUCGGACUUGUUUGUUUAGCAUAUCCCAUAGAUGCUCGAUUGGAUUGAGAUCUGGGGAAUUUGGAGGCCAAGUCAACACCUCAAACUCGUUGUUGUGCUCCUCAAACCAUUCCUGAACCAUUUUUGCUUUGUGGCAGGGCGCAAAAGAAGCCACAUCCACCAGGGAAUACCGUUUCCAUGAAAGGGUGUACAUGGUCUGCAACAAUGCUUAGGUAGGUGGUAUGUGUCAAAGUAACAUCCAUAUGGAUGACAGGACCCAAGGUUUCCCAGCAGAACAUUGCCCAAAGCAUCACACUGCCUCUGCCGGCUUGCCUUCUUCCCAUAGUGCAUCCUGGUGCCAUGUGUUCCCCAGGUAAGCGACGCACACGUACCCGACCAUCCACGUGAUGUAAAAGAAAACGUGAUUGAUCAGACCAGGCCACCUUCUUCUAUUGCUCCGUGGUCCAGUUCUGAUGCUCACGUGGCCACUGUUGGUGCUUUCGGCGGUGGACGGGUCAGCAUGGGCACGCUGACUGGUCUGCAGCUAUGCAGCCCCAUAUGCAACAAACUGCGAUGCACUGUGCAUUCUGACACCUUUCUAUUAGAACCAGCAUUAACUUCUUGAGCAAUUUGAGCUACAGUAGCUCGUCUGUUGGAUUGGACCAUACGGGCCAGCUUUCACUUCCCACGUGCAUCAAUGAGCCUUGGCUGCCCAUGACCCUGUCGCCGGUUCACCACUGUUCCUUCCUUGGACCACUUUUGAUAGAUACUGACCACUGCAGACCGGGAACACCUCACAAGAGCUACAGUUUUGGAGAUGCUCUGACCCAGUCGUCUAGCCAUCACAAUUUGGCCCUUGUCAACUCUCUCAAAUCUUUACGCUUGCCCAUUUUGCUGCUUCUCACACAUCAACUUUGAGGACAAAAUGUUCACUUGCUGCCUAAUAGAUCCCACCCACUAACAGGUGCCUUAUGUUAUGCCUAAUCGGUGUAUACUGUAUGUGUGUGUGUGUGUGUAUAUAUAUAUAUAUAUAUAUAUAUAUAGGGGUCCUUUGGAUAUUAUUUUGGACAGUGGGGGGCCUUUGAGUCAAGAAGGUUGAGAACCACAAAAUAUAAAAGGUAGUUAUAUAUUAAUAUCAGUGUCUGUGCCAUACACUAUUGGCUGUAUUUAGUCCUUUAGUCCUCUUAAAGUGUAAUGUAUUUUUCACUCAACCUGACAAUGCUGAUAAAAUACCCAAUUUAGAUUUCUUUUAUGAGAUUCCUUCCUGAACAGACACAAUUUAUAUUCAGAAUUUCAGUUGUAGCACAAGAUAAAUGGUGGUAAAAACAUUUUAUUCCAGAAUGCAUUUUUUUCUUUCCUCUAAAUGUGACACAAUGUAUAAUAAAAUACAACUCCAAAAGUCCCAGAAUCAGGGAUUUUGAGUGUCAACGUUUUGCAAAACAAAACCUAAAACAAAGAUUAAAAAGGGUAACUGCACAGCUCCUUCAUAGAAGCCAUUUAUGUACAUCCUGUUGGACAUCUCUAACAGGACAGUUUCAUUUCUAUGAAACACUGAAUAGCCUCUUUGAAAUCAACCUCUAUGUUCCAUAUUCCAUCAUGUUUUAAUUUCCAAUUGUUUUUUUGUUUCUCUUUUUGUCCAUACGUUCAUCACAGUCUUUAAAAAAACUGUCAUUAAUGAUUGAUGUUGUUAUAUAUCAUUACAGUACUUCCCUCUUCCUGCUAUUGAUGAUCCUCCAGAGGCUCAUAAUGACUCAUACGUUUAACAAAAUUAUUUAACAAAUAAGCUGCAUGAAUUUCACUCUCACAAACACCUAUUUACAUCUAUCACCAUCUACACACAGAAAUAUAUUU